AUUUUGUACCAAAUUAGUUGUAUUUUAUAUAAAUUCAUGUAGAAAUUAAGAAAAGACGCAAUUAAUGUUUGUAUUUUGAUGCGCAACUUUGACAAGAAAACUUAACCGCACUUUUCGUUGACCUGCCAAAAACAUAUGACGCUAUCUCAAAUAUGUAAACAAUAUGCAUUGAAUUGUUUUGAUAUAUUGAAUACAACAUUCCCCAGUGAAAACUCGAAUAAAAUGGGCCCGGACGAUGAAAGUAUGAAUCGCAAAUCGUCGCAGAACAAUGACGAUCCCAGUGGAGGUGAUAACAACAAAUCAUUUGACAUUAAUGAGACACCAGAGCUUCAAUUUCAACCCUGCUUUAUGUGCAAUGGUUUUUAUGGACCUUGUUACGAGGAUCCAAUCUGUCCAAUGUGCCACUCUUUUCUUCUCACAAACCCAAACAUGACUGCACACAAAAUCUACAAGACUUGUCUACCAGAGGAAAAAGAUGAUGAGGAUUCAGGAAAUGAUGAACCAGUGGAAGAUAAUGACAGGAGUGAAAAUUCUGGUAAUGAUUCACUAGUUGCCAUGCAGGAAAAUGUUGAUGUUCCAGCUAAAGUUGUUGAUAUUGAGCAACUGCCACCAGAAGUUAUGAUGCUCACAUUGUCAUACCUCGAUGAUUUAUCAAUGUGGGCUGCAGCUCUGGUAAACCCAAGAUGGCGGGCCAUCAUUACAAGAAGAGUAACCACCCCUGAUUACUGGAAGAACAUGGUAACAACAAGAUGGCCGCUGUUUGAGUUCUGUGCUGGCGCGCAGAUUAAAGACUGGUUUGAAGUGUAUUCAUCUUUGACAAAAAGCAGCUGCUGCAUUAAAUGUCUGCGUCAGAUUGCGCUUCACAAAGUAGAAAACGAAGAUUACAACCACUGGCGACAGCGUCGGUUGUGCAACGAGUUGAAAUCGUUGCGAAUGGAUCCGCCCGAUGGCAUCCAGGCGCAUCCGAUUGACAAACAGUAUUGUCACUGGAUAGCCAGUGUUCGUGGCCCGCAAGGAAGUCCGUACGAAGGCGGCAUCUUCUUCCUCUAUUUGUAUAUUUCACUGGAUUAUCCGAUGAUUCCGCCGGUGGUCAGGUUUAUCACACGGAUUUAUCAUCCGAACAUUUCGAGGCACGGCGAUAUUGGCUUAGACUCCAUUGGGAAUAACUGGUCGUUGGCGUUGACCAUCAGCAAGGUUUUGAUUUCGAUACAGAGUCUGCUUACUGAUCCAGUUUGUGAGGUCUGUAUGGAACCGAAAAUUGGUGAAAUUUAUGCGACUGACCGAUUGCGCUACGACGACACAGCGCGCAAGUGGACGUGGCGCUAUGCGAUGACUCAACUACUUCCCCAUUAAUCUUCCUUUCCUCCUGAUUGUCCAAGUCUCCGCGUGGAGAUUUGCUGAUUUGUUGAUUCGAUUUGUAAUAAAGCGCCGUCUUGUCACGAUAAGGUCCGAA